AUGACUGUUUUUGUAAAAACAAUGUCAGGCAAAAUUAGACCUCUUCAAGUUGAUUCCCAUUCUACUACAGUCUUUGAUUUGAAAAAAACAAUAGAAGAGGAAGAAGGUAUUCAAGCUGAACAUCAACGCAUGAUUUAUUCGGGACAUGAAUUAAAUCAAGAAAACAUGACACUUGGUGAAUACAAUAUUAAGCCUGAUAGUGCUAUUUAUCUCAUUCUUCGUUUAUAUGGUGGAAAAUACAACAAUACAACAUAG